UAUGGGGAAUAAAUAACUUGUCAGUUUCAGCCGAGUUGCUGUGGAUACCUGAUGUCACAGUAUACGAGGGUUCUCAUCGCACUGGUCGCCAUUUUGUCUUUCUGUCUGCCCCCUGCGUCUGGAGAGAAGGUAUCUCUAUCCGUGACGUCACUGUUGACUCAAACCGUUUUCAUGUUGAUGCUGUCUCAGGAAAUGCCGACUACGUCAGAGACGAUACCGUUAUUACAGCAAUACUUCGCUGUGAUACUCUGUGUCGUGUCUGUGUCCACUAUUCUGACCAUAUUUGUGCUAAAUCUACACUACCGAGGUAUCCACGAAAAACACGUGCCCCCCACCGUCAGGAAGCUGUUCCUCAACAAGUACAUGGCCAGACUGUUCCAUCCGUCCAUCAGUCACCAGUUUGAAGACAGCACGGAUACUGCUAUGACAGAUGACUUUCUCCGGAAAUCCCAUCUAGUGUACAGAAAUCACGCCGCAGUGCCACAGUUGGUCACCCCGUCAUUAAACUCUCGUAGCCUGCUCAACGGCCUUCGGUUCAACCAUGUUCCCAUUGAGUCAAUUUCACUGAACGGAACAACCACAGGUUUUAAAGCACAAGCGGAUUCUGGGACACGCAACUCUCCUCAAGGGACACAGGAUGGCACACUUCAGCCGAUGGAGAAAGAGGUGCUCAGCGAAAUGCUCACGAGAAUUGAUGAACGCUCUCGCAACAAAGAGAUGUCCAAGGUCAUCGCUAAAGAGUGGGUGGACUUAGCAACCAUUCUUGACAGAAUCUUUUUCUUAAUUUGUUUCACAGGGUUUUUGGUCACAUCAAUUAUCCUGUUUACACCGCAUCAUCAUCAGUUUUAAGUGUUGAUGUUGACGUUUUGUUUGAACCUUUGAGCCUCUAAAUAUUUUCUUGCCAUUGUCAACAACAUUGACCUUCAAUGCAGUACCGAAUGGCCUUGUUACCUUAAUCCAAAAUAUCCACCCACCAUAAUGCUGGCCGCCGUCGUAUAAGUGAAAUAUUCUUGAGUGCGGCGUAUAACACCAAUCAAAUAAAUAAAUUAAUCCAAAAUACUGAUUAUUUACCUUAAUUCAAAAUAUUAAUUAUUUGCCUUCAGCCUAUGGCUCAUUUACUCAUUAGCCAGUACUGGUUCUGUAGAAAGUUUAAAAUAUUUCUAGAUAUGACAAAUGGCUUCUUUAAGAUAUAGUUCAGUAAUGUAUUGUUUUUAAAGUACAUAUCUACUUCCACGA